CAGUGUCAACGAUUAACAUCCGGUUCAUUCAGGUUCAACGCCGAAAUCAAAAUAUUUCCAUAGACGUUAUGAACCUCAACCCGAGUUGAUCUCUUAUUAAAGCUUAUUUUUUAGGUCAUUAUAUCAAGCCAGAUGGCUGCUUUACCUCCGGGUGACCCUCAGCUGGUCGCCAUGAUCGUUAAUCAUUUAAAAACCCAGGGACUUUUUGACCAGUUCAGGAGAGACUGUUUGGCGGAUGUCGAUACAAAGCCUGCGUAUCUUCACCUGAGACAACGAGUGGACAACUUUGUGUCUAAUCACCUGUCUAACCACACAUGGAGUCCUCAACUCAACAAGAACCAGCUGAGGAACAGCAUCAGGCAACUUGUGCUGCAGUCAGGUUUGCUGGAGCAGGGAGUAGAUCGUAUCGUCGCGCAGGUCGUCGACCCCAAAGUUCAGCACAUCUUUCGGCCACAGGUGGAACAUGUCGUCCGUCAGUUCCUGUCUCCCGGCAACCACCUGGAGGAGGAGCCUGUGCACGGCCUUGCACAGGUGAUGGAAAACCAGGAAGCUCAGCUGCUCUCUCCAGCGAUCACCUCGGCUCCAGCCUCAGACUUCACCCCUUGUCAGAGCCACGAUCCCUCUUUUAUAAAGCCACAUGAUGGAGGAGAGGAAGACAUGAGCCUGGUAGAGGAGGAUGAGAAGGAAGGCGAGAGGACAAAAGAGGAGGAGGAACAGGAAGGGAAGUUCGUAGGCGAUGAAGAUGAGGCAAGCAAAGAGCGAGUGAAGGAGGAGGAGAGCCAGGAUGAGACAGAGAUGGAGGUGGAUCAAGAGAGGGAGAAGCAGGAGGAGGUGAAGAAAGAGCAAGAGGAAGAAAUGCGAGAGGAGGAAGAGGAGGGGAAGGAAAAGAAGGGAGAGGAUAAAGAAAGGAAAGGAGAGGACGGGAAGGAUAAGAAAGGGUCGGGGAAGAACAGGGAGGAGAGCGGCACAGACAAGCUGCACAUUCGACAGAAAGCAAGAGAACGACUGAAAGAAGAGUACUCUCUGGAGGACUCGGAUCUGGAGGGGUUGAGCGACAUCACGGUGAGUUCAGUUCACACAAGCGACCUUUCGUCUUUUGACGACGAAAGCGAGGACGAGGAACCGCCUUCCGAAUCCACGGAGGAAGGAGAGAUCACCUCAGAAGAUGAAAAGGUUCAGAAGAAAGCUACCGGAGAUGAAUCUGACGAGAAUAAGGAGAAAAGACCCCGGGGUUCACGUCAGGGCUACAUUCACAAGCCUUUCCUUUACUCCCGUUACUAUAGCGACUCUGACGACGAGGUUACGGUGGAGCAGCGGCGCCGUUCUGCUGCAAAAGACAAAGAAGAAAGACUUUUGAAGCGACAGCAGAACCGGGAGCGUUUCGAGGAAAAAAGAAGGCAGAAGGCAGUUCAGGCAGAACUACAUGAAAAGGAAAAGCUGGAGGUUCAGAGACCUCAAGCGAAAGAAGCACGGAAAGAGAAGAAAGUACUGGAGAAGAAAGUGGCACUCAGCAGAAAGAGGAAGCGAGACUCACGAAAAGAGGAGGACAGGGGCAGCAAGAAGAAGAGCGACGGAGAUCCCGAAUCCGUAAAGAAAGACGAUGCAACGAAGUCUAAAUCAAUCCCACCGAAGCCUGUUAAGAAGCUGUCCGAGGAGGAGCAGCGGAGGAGGAAGAGCUUUUCAGAGGACUCGUGCGAGCCACGCAAAAUCCUCGACAGAAACCGUACGCACUCAUUCAUCCUGGACCUGGAGCUGGGAACCGAGGAGGCGCUCAGACAGAGAGGUGGUGGGAAGAACGAGCGACACGCUCGCCGAGAGAAAGAACGAAAAGAGAACGAGAAAGAGCGUGGCGCGUCGGACGAGAGAGCCAGAUACAAACAGAAACCAGAAAGUAAGAAAGGAGGCGAUUCUGCGGCAGAGGAGAAGGAGGGAGUCGUAUCGAAAGGUCCAGUUGAUGACAAAGUGGAGAAAAAAGGGUCGAAGGUCAAAGGGGACAAGAAGGGCUCAGUGCCAACAAGGGAGGGAAGGCUGAUUGUGACCGAAGGAUCAGCCCCAGAGGAGGGAACAGCCAAGGAUUUGAAAAAAGAAAAGAUUCCCUCAGAGACAACGAAAGAAAAAAUAAAAGGAGUGAAAUUGGGCAUCAAGGCUGACUCCAAACAGCAGCAUCGUCCGGAUCCCACUGUUCCCACAGAGGAGAGGUCCGAGGGUGAGGCUGCGAUUGAUUUCAACAGGAAGAAAGACAAGCAAGCUAAAGAUAUUUUGAAAAGGUCAAAAAGCCACCCAGAGGUUAAAUCUCUUGACAAGGUCAACGCCAGGCAAGAUGGCAAAGAUGUAGGUGCUGGUAGAAAAGACAAGAGCUGUACCUCCGAGGCUCCCAAACAUAGCUCAGACACAAAGACCAAGAAUUCAGAGGCGGGUCCAAAGGUGAAAUCCGUGUCAGAAAAAACAAGAUCCAAGUCCAGAGACGACUUGAAACCUCAGAGUCCGUUAUUGGCCAAGACAGACAAGAAAAGCCAAGGUCAGGAAGCCAGGGAUAAAGCAGGAACGGCUCCUUGCAAGACCGAGUUCUCCAAGGAGAAGAAAAAGGAGGGAGCCAUGAAAGAGUACAGAAGAGUCUCAGAAGACCGUGUCGAGAAACUGAAGGAUGCAAAGAGCACAAAGAAAACAAGUGAGAAAAAGGCAAAAGAGAACAUUGAGAACGAAAAAAGAGUCUCAGAAGCAGAUGACCUUUCAUCCAGUUCCUCUGCUCCGUCAGCAGUUGCCGAAGAGGUGCAGAACGGAGAUGAAAUUGCUUCUCAGCCUACAGGCAGUCAAGCGCAACAAGUUUCAGAGUCCCUCACAACAUCCGACCUUACAACUCAACAAGACUCGGAUUCUCUUGGUGAAUCAGAUCUCAGAACCUCACAGGUCUUGGAGUCCUUUACAGAAAGUCCUGUCUCAACAGCGCAGGGCAUGGAUUCUGCUGUAGAGUCUAAUUCCACAGACCAGUACAACUCGGAGUCUCUUAGAAGGUCUGACCUUACUUCAGACUCGCAAGCUAUGGAUACUGUGUCUGAUCCUGCAGCCUUACAAUCCACAGACGUGGAGAUUAAUCUUCCAGCCCCACAAACCAUGGAGACGGAACCCGAACCUUCAAAAUCACAAGCCGUAGAUACAGAGUCUGAUCUUGCAUCUCCACACGCGAGUGCUGCAAAAUCUGAUCUCGCAUCACCACCUGUCUGCGAGGUUCCAAAGAAAUCUCCUGAAGAAUUACAAGGUGAACCUACAGAGUCUGGUUUUGCCACUACACCUUUACUACAAUCUUCAGUUUCUGCUUUUACAGUCCAUCAUACUGAAACAUCAGACGUAAAAUCAAAGGCUGAUCUUGCAACCCCUCAGUCCUCGGACUCAACCCCAGCAUCCCUUCUCAAGGUCCCAGAGUCCUCGGACUCCAUCCCCGAGUCUGAUCUCACUGUUGCCCGGCAAGUUUUUCAGGGUCCAGAUGCGCUUCCUAAUCCGGUCCCUGCUGAUGCUAACAGCACUUCCGUCCCAGACGACAUGUACGACGCCCUGAGUGACAUCACACCAGAUCCUGACGACGACGACGAGGCCGCCAUGAGACUGGCCGAGAGCCAGCCUCAGCCCCGUCCCAUCCCUGCCGAGGCUGACGCCCUCCUUUCCUUGAUGGAUGUCUGUACGUCUGCAGCCGUACGUACCACCGCCAUCGUCGUGUCCGAUGCACAGGAAGCUGAGAGUUCAUUCCGGGAUGCAGAUAUAAAGAUGAAGGAAGCUGCACUCACGUUGCUUUCCAUGGAUCCAGAUCAGGCGGUUUUGCAAAGUUUUGUCGCUGAAGAUUCACAUGUUUCUGAGCAGCCAAUGGAGUCUUUGGCAUCAGAUCUGGUUAAUGCGACAAGUGCGAAAGAGGCAGCCGACAACCACACUGAAGCUUUAGCCAACACAGCCAUCGAAGUAAAAGCCCCAGAUACGGUGUCAGAGGCCGCAACAUCUGAGAUCAUCAACGACGAAACUGAAUCAAAAGCGAAGUCUGAUGUUUGUAAACCAGAAAUGUCUGCUAUCGACGAACCAGCUGGAGAAUCCACUGAGAUCGAUGCCUGCCCAAUACGUACACGCAGUUUGAGUGAGCACAUGCAUACAGCCGAGGCCACAAAGAGUGAAACGGAGAACACUGUGCGAGAGGUUCAGGCACAGGUGGCAGAGGCUCAGGAGGCACAGGCGCACGUGGCAAGGGCUCAGGAGGUGCACGUGACAGAGGCUCAGGAGGUGCACGUGACAGAGGCUCAGGAGGCACAGGCGCACGUGACAGAGGCUCAGGAGGUGCACGUGACAGAGGCUCAGGAGGUGCACGUGACAGAGGCUCAGGAGGCACAGGCGCACGUGACAGAGGCUCAGGAGGCACAGGCGCACGUGGCAGAGGCUCAGGAGGCACAGGCGCACGUGACAGAGGCUCAGGAGGCACAGGCGCACGUGACAGAGGCUCAGGAGGCACAGGCGCACGUGGCAGAGGCUCAGGAGGCACAGGCGCACAUGGCAGAGGCUCAGGAGGCACAGGCGCACAUGGCAGAGGCUCAGGAGGCACAGGCGCACGUGGCAGAGGCUCAGGAGGCACAGGCGCACGUGGCAGAGGCUCAGGAGGCACAGGCGCACAUGGCAGAGGCUCAGGAGGCACAGGCGCACGUGGCAGAGGCUCAGGAGGCACAGGCGCACAUGGCAGAGGCUCAGGAGGCACAGGCGCACGUGGCGGAGGCACAGGAGCACGUGGCGGAGGCUCAGGAGGCACAGACGCACGUGGCAAAGGCUCAGGAGGCACAGACGCACGUGGCAGAGGCUCAGGAGGCACAGGAGGCGCACGUGGCAGAGGCACAGGAGGCGCACGUGGCAGAGGCUCAGGAGGCGCACGUGGCAGAGGCUCAGGAGGCACAGGCGCACGUGGCAGAGGCUCUGGAGGCACAGGCGCACGUGGCAGAGGCACAGGCACACAUGGCAGAGGCUCAGGAGGCACAGGCGCAUGUUGCAGAUGCUCAGGAGGCACAGGCGCACGUGGCAGAUGCUCAGGAGUCCCAGGCUCAGGAGUCCCAGGCUCAGGAGUCCCAGGCUCAGGAGUCCCAGGCUCAGGAGUCCCAGGCUCAGGAGUCCCAGGCUCAGGAGUCCCAGGCUCAGGAGUCCCAGGCUCAGGAGUCCCAGGCUCAGGAGUCCCAGGCUCAGGAGUCCCAGGCUCAGGAGUCCCAGGCUCAGGAGUCCCAGGCUCAGGAGUCCCAGGCUCAGGAGUCCCAGGCUCAGGAGUCCCAGGCUCAGGAGUCCCAGGCUCAGGAGUCCCAGGCUCAGGAGUCCCAGGCUCAGGAGUCCCAGGCUCAGGAGUCCCAGGCUCAGGAGUCCCAGGCUCAGGAGUCCCAGCCAGAGAUACCAGAGGUUCAAUUGCAGGAGGCAAAAACUCAGGAGUCCCAGAUACAGGCACAGGAACCUCAGACACAUGAGGCACAGGAAAUGCAGAAGUCCCAGGUACAGGAGACACGGGCAGAGGAGCUGCAAGUUCAGCAGAAGCAGAGUCCAGCGGAGAAGGCGAUACAAACUCAGGAGACACAAGUGCAACACCUGGAAGAGGUGCAGGAGGCACAGGUGGAGGGGGCCAAGGCACCAGAAGCAAAUUCACCGGAUUCCCAGACACAGGAGGAAAAUGCACCCGAUGCUGAGGUGACAAGUGUGCCAGAAGUGCAAUCCCAGGAGGCACCGACACCCCCAGCACGGAGAGGCCGACGUCCUAAAUUGGUCAAAGCCAGUAGCACAUCAAAGUCAGACGGACAAGAAGAGGACAAAUCUGAUGUGUCCGAAGUGGACGAAGGCAGAGCGACCCGUAAAGGACGACGGUCCAAUCAGAGAGCAGCGUUCACCAAGGACACCGCAUCCAAACCUCAAACAAGUCAGAAGGCCAAAGACACAGAGGCUAGCAAACAAUCACAGAAAAAUAGUGAGGAUGAGGAGGUUGACGAAGGAGGCAGAACAACACAGCAAAGAUCAUCUAAGGUCUCAGACUCUUCAGAGAAAGAAGCCUCAUCCAAGCCUGAAGAAGCUGAGCCAACUGAAGAGGAAGUGGAGCAAAAAGAGGUGCGUAAAAGAAGGCGUUCUGGAGCUCAGACAGCCGCUGUCGCAAAGCCGGCACUGAGAAGAAAGAAGUCUGACCAAGCAGAGGAUCUGGAGAAAGUGGGAAACGAAACUGCAGCUGAGGAGAGAGACGAGGAGCCUGUGAAAAGAGCACGGCAAGAUAGCGAGAGUGUGACUGAGGAAGAAGAGGAAGGAAAUGAAGAGAAAAAGGAAGACGACAGAGACACGGAGAGCUCUAAAGAUAAGGCUGAGGAUCAGGAACCCGUGAGAAAGACUCCACGCCGAGGAAGAUCCUCAAAAAACACUUCUAACAUAGAUGACCCGGCCACUUCAGAGAAGAAAGAGGGAGAGACCGAAACCGGUGACGACGACGAAAAACAAGAAGAGGAGGAAACCAAAAUUAGGGCCACAACACGUUCUGCAUCUCGGCUGGAGGCUGAAAAAAAUAAGCUAAAUAAGCCAUCGACCAGAGCAGUGAGCAAACUGAGUGGGAAAGAAGAGAGCUCUCCAAACACACGGUCCUCUCGUUCUCAGAGUGCUACUGCAGUGAAGGGCCGUAAGGGCGACUCAAGUUCUCCGACACCUCGGACCCGUGCCGGAAACAAAUCUGAAGAACCACCCUCAAAGAGAACCAAACGAUGAUGUAAAUUUGUGUAUAUUAUAUGUGUGUGUGUGUGUGUGUGGGUGUGUGUGUGUGUGUAGCCCAGUCAGCUUUGUUAAUUAUAUAUUCCUUGUUCGGUGCAAACAGAGUAGCUUUGUGUGGCUCUUUCACUGUAAUGACAUCGUCGUUUAACGUGAUCACACCCAGCUGCAGAUGUCAGAAGGAGAUGUGUGUACAACCUCACUGACACACUCCUGCUGACCAGCUUUAUGCUCUCAGGAUUGUGACCAAGCAGUAUGUUUUAGAACCAGCAUUUUUAAUGCGAUCAUGUCUGUCUGUCUGUCUGUCUGUCUGUCUUCUUGCGUACAAUAUAUCUCGAACUCUACACAACAUUUCGAUCUCUAAAUAUAUUUUCAGAACGUUGGGGACAAACCACAUUCAGCUUACUUCCAAUACAAUCCCAAAGUGUUCCAGUGUGCAUCUUCAGAAAGUCCUAGAUCUGAAACACGUCAUGUUUUCUCUACAGGACGCAGUGUGUGUGUUGUUUUGUCAUUCCAACAGUACUGUUUCCUGUUGGGAGACAUGAAAAGCGUAUGUUCUAGAACUCUCUACAAUGCACUCGCCGGUGUAUAUUUCAGUAAGCACCACCCCGUGUUUCACUAGAGUUCUAAAUAGUCUCGGUAGAAACGUGAGAAUCAUAUUCCUUACGUAGCCGUACUGGUGGGGAAAUGUGUACUCUAUAGCCAGAAAAGGUAUCCAUUUUAUAUAUAAUAGAUAACAUUGUCUAAUGUUGGUCUAAUUGUUGUUUUGUUUUUCGGGGGGUGGGGGGUGGGUUGUUUGUGGGAAAAUACAUCGAUUAAAUGCAUAACGUGUAGCUCAAAGCAAUCCAUACUCCUCGGUACAGUAGUAUCUACUCUCCUAGUAAAAAUGUCCUAGGAUCCAAACGCUUUUUUUUUUUCUUUCUCUCCCCCUCCUCGGAAUGUACACCACUAUAUUUGCUUGUUCCACACAGUGAAACACGUUUUAGUUUAUUAUGCAUCUCGUGUCAUUUUGUCGUGUAUCUGCUGAGCCUGUUGGCAUGUUCAACAUGAAGACACUCAUUCUGUGAAUGUAAAGAACUGAGCUAUUUCUUUUAUACAUUUAGCUUUUAUUAUAAAGGCCACUGGGACCAUGAA